GUUCAUUCCAAUAUGAGGAAAGAAGAAUCAGAAGAGAAGAAAGAGAUAGCAAAAGGGGAUUUAACUGAAGAGCAGCAACAGCAGAUGGAGGAAGCAAGAGCAAGAGAAGAAGAAGAAGAAGAGUGGAAGAGACUCCCACCAUGGAGAAAACAGAUAACAGCACGUGGGUUAAUUGCGAGCUUGAUGAUAGGGUCGCUCUACAGUGUCAUAAUAAUGAAGCUAAACCUCACCACAGGCUUAGUUCCAAAUCUUAAUGUCUCUGCAGCUCUUCUUGCCUUUGUUUCAAUUAAGGGAUGGACGAAGGUGCUUCACAAGGCUGGAUUUGUCUCUGUUCCCUUCACACGCCAAGAAAACACAGUCAUCCAGACUUGUGCGGUUGCAUGUUAUACCAUUGCUAUGUCAGGUGGGUUUGGAUCAUACCUGUUGGGAAUGAACAAGAAGACAUAUGAACUGGCUGGGGUUAAUACAGAAGGGAACACUCAGUGGAGCUACAAAGAACCUGGGAUUGGGUGGAUGACUGGUUAUCUUUUCGUUUCUGCCUUUGUUGGGCUCUUGGCCUUAGUCCCUCUCCGAAAGAUCAUGAUAAUUGACUACAAAUUAGCUUAUCCGAGUGGCACUGCAACUGCAGUUCUCAUUAAUGGUUUCCAUACUCCCAAGGGUGAUAAGAUUGCCAAGAAACAAGUUCAUGGGUUUUUGAAGUUCUUUUCAAUCAGUUUCGUAUGGGGUUUCUUUCAAUGGUUUUACUCUGGAGGAGGAGAGCAAAAAUGUGGAUUUUCACAGUUCCCUACUUUUGGAUUGCAAGCUUGGAAGCAAACAUUCUACUUUGAUUUCGACAUGACUUAUGUUGGAGCAGGAAUGAUUUGUUCCCAUCUUGUGAAUCUAUCUUUGCUUCUGGGCUCUGUGAUUUCAUGGGGUAUGAUGUGGCCAUUAAUAAGUAAACUUAAAGGAGAUUGGUAUCCAGAGACUAUACCUGAAACUAGUAUGAAGAGUCUGAACGGCUACAAGGUUUUCAUUGCAAUUGCUCUCAUAUUAGGAGAUGGGCUCUACAACUUUCUCAAGAUAAUGUAUACUAUCAGUAGAAGCGUUCGUGUGGGUUUGAAUAAGAAGAAUCUCAACCCAGAGCAGAAGAAUCAACGCUCAGAUGAACUUCGAAAAAAUGAAUUCUUCAUGAGAGAGAGCAUUCCAGUAUGGGUUGCAGGUGUAGGAUACGUCUUCUUCUCUAUUGUUUCCAUCAUUGUGAUCCCAAUGAUGUUUCCCCAACUGAAGUGGUACUUUGUCAUAGUGGCCUACAUUAUUGCUCCAUCUUUGUGCUUCUGCAAUGCUUAUGGCACUGGUCUAACAGACAUGAACAUGGCUUACAACUAUGGGAAAGUGGCCCUCUUUAUUAUUGCUGCCCUUGUAGGGAAAGACUCUGGUGUUGUUGCUGCACUUGUUGGAUGUGGUUUGAUCAAAGCUGUGGUCCAUAGCUCCGCCGAUUUAAUGCAAGAUUUCAAGACUGGACAUCUCACUCUCACAUCCCCUCGCUCAAUGAUACUGAGUCAGGUUGUUGGAACAGCCAUAGGCUGCAUUAUAGGUCCUCUUUCAUUCUUUCUCUACUAUAAGACCUUUGACAUCGGCGACCCAAAUGGAGAAUUCAAAGCUCCAUAUGCAAUAAUCUAUAGGAACAUGGCAAUUCUUGGAGUCGAAGGCUUCUCUGCUCUGCCCCGACAUUGCUUGCAGCUAUGUUAUGGCUUCUUUGCAUUUGCAGUGGGGACAAACUUGCUAAGAGACCUUUCCCCACCCAAGAUUGGGAAAUUAGUGCCACUACCAAUGGCCAUGGCAGUACCCUUUCUCAUUGGAGCCUCCUUUGCCAUUGAUAUGUGUGUUGGGAGCUUGAUUGUGUAUGCUUGGCAUAAGCUUGACAAGAAGAGGGCUAGUAUGAUGGUUCCAGCAGUUGCAUCAGGGUUGAUAUGUGGGGAUGGGCUAUGGAUUCUCCCUUCAGCCAUUCUAGCUAUGGCUAAGAUUAAUCCUCCCAUCUGCAUGGCAUUCUUUCCUUUCCAAAAGUAACACAAUAGAGGAAGAACUACAUGUAGGAAGAAGGAUGGUAGCUAUGUAAGAGAACACUAAUAUUAGGAAUAAUACUGCAGCAUUGUUGUAUCAAGCUGAGUGACAUUGAUCUAGAGCUGAUUUUGAAUGAGCUCAGGUUUUAGAAGAGAUUAUUGGUUGUGAUAUUGAAUACACACACACACAUAGUUACAGUAUAUAAGUGUACAUCUGUUCAUGUGGAAAGCUCAAGGAUUUAUGUGAUGCAAGUCUUAUCAAACAAAUUUUAAGGCUUAACA